UCUUAAUCUAGUUCAUUCACUUGCAGAAAACAAUUCAUUACUUACAGCCUUUGCCUUAUUCUCAGUUCAAUUUCCCUGAUCGUAAUGGCAGCGAUCAAGCUUAGCAGCAAAAACUUAUCGCAAAUUUUAGCCACAGGUAAAUCGAAUGUCCCAACCGUCCCAACUUACCAGCGUGAUGGCGCUGUCAAGGAGGGAAUCGUUCAUGUUGGCGUUGGUGGCUUCCACCGUGCUCACCUGGCUGUCUAUAUCAACAACUUGAUGCAGAAGCACGGAGUUACCGACUACGCAAUCUGUGGUGUUGGCUUGCAGCCCUUCGAUGCUAGCAUGCGCGAUGCCUUGAGAUCGCAGGACCAUCUGUACACAGUUAUUGAACGGUCGGCCAAGGGUAAAUCUGCCCAUAUUAUUGGCAGCAUUAACUCCUAUCUCUUUGCACCUGAUAAUCGCGAGGCUGUUAUUGCUAAGAUGGCGCAUCCUGAUACGCAUAUUGUAUCACUGACUAUCACUGAGAGUGGUUACUACUACAAUGAAAAUACACAUGAAUUGGAGAGUGAUCAUCCUGAUAUUCAGUUCGACCUUGCUCCAGCCAACAAGAAGGCACCACGCACUACUUUUGGCUUCCUUUAUGCCGCCCUGGAACAACGGUACCAGCAAGGACUCAAGCCUUUUACCGUCAUGUCAUGUGAUAAUAUGCAGAAGAAUGGCUCUAUCUCACGCCACAUGCUUGAGUCAUUUGCGCGUCUGCGCGACCCCAAGGUUGCAAAUUGGAUUAUGGAGCAAGGCGCUUUCCCUAACUCUAUGGUUGAUCGCAUCACACCCCAGACAUCAGCCGCUGACAAGGUAACACUUGCAAAUGAUUUUGGUAUUGAGGAUGCAUGGCCUGUUGUUACAGAGCCUUUCACGCAAUGGGUUAUUGAGGACCAGUUCUCUGAUGGCCGUCCAUUAUUUGAGAAAGUUGGUGUUCAGGUUGUACGGAAUGUCCAUGAUGUUGAACAGUUUGAGAAGCAUAAGCUGCGCCUGCUUAAUGGUAGCCACUCAGCUAUAGGCUAUCCAGGUCAUCUAGCAGGCUUUGAAUAUGUCUACCAGGUCAUGGAGAAUCCACUCUUCUCCAAACUCAUAUGGCAGAUGAUGCAGGAGGAGGUAAAGCCGCUCUUGUCUGAGAUUCCUGGUGUUGAUCUUGAUGAGUAUUGCAAAACACUUAUCGAGCGCUUCUCCAACCCAACGAUCUUGGAUCAGUUGCCCCGUAUCUGCCUCAAUGGUUCCGGCAAGAUUCCACAAUUUAUCAUGCCAUCGAUUGCCGAGGCUAUUUGGGUUACUGGCCCAUUCCGCCGCCUGUGUUUUGUCGCGGCUGCUUGGUUUUGUUAUAUCAAUGGCGUCGACGAUAGUGGCAAGACAUUCAAGGUUGAUGAUCCAAUGCGCGAGGAGCUCCAGGCAAUGGCUCGCGCAGGAGGCACCAACCCGGCCAAGCUGCUCAGUAUCAAGAGCCUAUUUGGUGAUGAUCUACGCGGUGACAAGAGGUUUAUCCAGGAGAUUACCACAGCUAUGGAGGAUAUCACCCGGGACGGCAUCAUGAAGACGCUUCCCAAGUACAUAGACUAGUGGAUUGUUUGGCUUGGUGCAAAAGAUACAUCUACUUAGAAUUACUUUUACGUUUUCUUUGCAUCCAUCAUGAGGGUGUGACUUUAUAGAAACGCGCGAUAGAGAGAUAGAAUAUACAUAAUGCAAUCGAAGAUAGUGGACAAUGCUAAUGACGCCUACGAUCGACUAUACAAAAUGGAAAAAUUAUGUUUGGAACAAAUAGCUAUUUCAUCCAACGUUAGAGAAUAAUUGAACCGCGGUAUUUUCACGCUGUGCUACUUACUGGAAUCUGUGAUGUAAACGAGGGAACAUCAAGUUGAACUAGAGUAAUUCAGCUCCAAAUUGAAUGUGUAAAUAGGAACGCAAAAAUACAAGCUAUUUAGG